AUGGCAUUCUUCGGGGUAUUGGAGAUCGCACUUCAUGUGGCCAAAUUCGAAAAUAUUGAACUGUAUCGGUUUGGUAGCUACUCUAUCCGGUUUCGUAUGUACAAAAGGUGCCACUCAGAGAUUGUGCCGGUGGUUCCAUACAUGAUUAAGUCCAAAGAUGACUCAAGAUCUCCAGCCUGGAUUGACGAUGUCAACCUAUCAUUUUUCACCCGAGAGAUUUUGGUGUAUAAGGCACAUCAAAUUAUUAUAGUUAAUGAUAUGUGUCAGUUUAGGAUUGAAAUACCAGCCACUCCAAGUGUUUUGGAACGCACAAAUUUAUUUUUGGAGUGUGACCUCUUUUAUACACUUAAAGAUAAGGAUAGUAAUAUCAAAUCGUACAAUAUUUCAUCUAAACUGAUAAUGCUAAACAAUAUGGCUACUGGAUUUAGACACAAUUUCGACCUAAUUUUCGGGGAUUAUCAGGCAUCUGUAGUUCACCUAAAUAUAAAUAGCGUAGUGCUGCAUUAUCGCAUCAGGGAUAGCUUGAAAAACAUAGCAUCGCCAGCUUAUGAACCAGGAAGAUGCUUUAAGAAAUGGGAAAUGAUAAUAUCUGAUUGCAAUCAACGUGCACUAGCUCGUUGGUUUUCACAGCCAUCUCCCUCUGGUCAGAACUUUUACAAUACCUUCGAUAAGGAAUACAAUGCAGAUUCUAUAUACACGACUGAACAGUUAUUGGAGUCUUUUAUCAAUUAUUUGUGUUUGGAUAUUAAGCUAUCUGAAAUGGCAUGCCGACGUAUAUUUUCGAUCAAUACAAAUAAAGAUGGAUGUUUUAUAGAUAAGGAUUUAUUGCUUGAGUAUGAGCGCAACUAUUACACUUGUAAAGAUUUCACGUGUUUUACAUUGAGAAUUUCAUUUAUGGACAAAGGGGAUAAAGUUAAAUGUUGUCCUGCUACCAAAAAUGUGGUUAAAGAUGAUGAAAAUUGCGGUUUGGUUUACGCAAACAAUCUCAUGUUUUCGUAUAUUCUUUAUGCCAAGAUUCUGGGUGAAGCAUUGUCCAUGUUGAAUACAUUCAGCUACCUACCUAGCGGCACUUAUGUUCACUUUGAAAAUGGUAAAAUUUGCACUAUACCCUCAGAUUCUAUAUACCUAUCAAGUGAGACAACCAUGUUCAACAAUGAUUCAUUGGGCUGUGUAAAAGACAUGAUAUAUAAGGUAUUAGAAGAGGGAAUGGUUAGCUACGCUGCCUGUGGUAGUGGUCAGGUUGUUGUAAUACCCAUGAAGACUAAUGGGAUAAAGCUUGUAAUACCUAGUAUUGACUUGCUGGCGCUUAACAACGAUUUGGACGCAUUAUGCAAUGAAAUUGAAAGGAAUUUGUGGAAUAUUAGUUCAUUUUUGUUUAUAAAAUGGAACGAAUUCUUGGAUAAUGAAUUGAACAGGACGUAUUUUGAGAGAUAUCGCAUAGAUGAGCGUUUUUUUAUCACUUUGGCCAGCGAACAAAUGGACCACUUGGAUCUGGAAGGGUUGAUCCAAUCAUUACCAGUCGUGGAUGAUUGCCACAUUUAUGCAUUAAGUGCAUAUCCGCUUUUUAGAAUCCAUCCUAUCGGUAGUUUGAAAGGUAUAGAAAAUACUGCUGUUAAAACUGACUCUUUAUCAACUGAAGGUACUUCCACAUCUGAUAGCAUACCAAGGACUAACAGCACCUCAAAGAGUGAUGAAUUUGUUGAUUCUGAUGUAAAUAGUCAUAUCUCAAGCUCUAUAAGCUCAAAUAGUAGAUCUUCCAGUUUUGCUAAUAUCGCUGGCAGGGCAAGUGCCAACGUCAAUAAUAAUGGAAGUUUCGGAAACCCCAUCUUACAUGCUACGAUCAAGAAAGUGCGAAAAAAUUUCCAUUUGUUUGUGCUAGUACAUGGAUAUAAUGCUUCUGCACGUUCAAUGGAGAUAAUUAAAAGCAUGAUAACAAUAAUAUUCCCCGAUUCAGUAUGCCUAUCUUCAUGUUUCAAUCAGGGGUUAAUGAACGAUUCUAUUUCUGAAAUGGGCGAGAAGCUUUCCACUGAAGUUAAAAUGUACAUUAAAUACUGUAUGCCCGCCUCAAAGAUUUCAAAAAUCACUUUUGUAGCUCACUCAUUGGGCGGACUAAUCGUCAGAUCAGCUCUCAGUGAUUUGAAUGACUACAGUCACAUGUUUCAUGGGUUUAUUUCGCUUGCCAGUGCCCACAUAGGAUACUAUUAUAACCUGUCCAAGUUUGUGGAUAUAGGCAUUUGGUUUUUGAGGAAGGUGAAGAAUUCUAGAUGUAUCACUGAAUUAGCGUUGUCAGAUGCUAGCGAGAUUACCGAAACGUUUGUAUAUAGACUUUCUUGCGUAAAAGACAUGGAAUGGUUUAAGUAUGUAGUACUAGUGUCCUCAGACCUAGAUCAAUAUGCCCCUUUCUAUAGCGCCCGAAUAGAUACAGGAAGGAUACCAAUAUCGGGUGUAAGGCACGUCGAAAUGGCUUACAACAUUCUCAAUAGCAUAAAGUGUCUAAUACGCAUAGACUGCAAUUUAUCACAGCCCUUAAAGUAUGUAAAGGGCUGGAUCGGGAAAACCGCACAUUUGGAAUUCGUGGAAAGUGUGGAGCUCAUACGCGCUAUGCUAUACACCUUAAGUAAAAUAUUAAAUGAAUAG